GACGGACAGAGGAAAGAGAUGAAUAGAAAGCACCAGAACCACCUACCAUGACCAAGUGCGCUGUAAAUGUAGGACAGAAAUUCGAGUGGAAUACAAACGGAUCAUCAAGCGACAUAUUCGAGGGAAAACCAUGUUUGGAUGUGCCUUAUCUGAUUCAAAUAUUUUUAAAUAUGGUACCACAUGCGAUCAUUGGAACACAGGAAAAGUAUUUUUCCUCCCAAACAUUUCUUGCAUUUUGAAACGGAAAAGGAGAGUGGCAGUAAAAUACAUCCCCGUGCUAUCUUUCUCCGAUUACCAAUGGUAGGCAUUGCAUAAUUCACCCUUAUCCACCGGAGCCAUUUGGUUCUUCCUCUUUGGGAAGAGGGGGACGCCAGAAAAAAACGACUACAUCCAGUAAGCUGCCUUCGCGGUGGUGCCUGCAAUUGUUUGGCAAUGCCCUUUUCUCUCUUAGGAAGAACUUGCAGACAGUAGCGGGGGAACAAGCAGGGGAAGGAUGCAUUUAAAGCUGGAUGUGUGCUGCAUUCAGGGAGAUUCGGCAAUAAUAGCAGCUCUAGCAGAAACAGCGAGUGCGGCGGGCCUGGGAAGCACCCAGCCCCACUAUCUCCUCCUUUUCCUCCCCCCCUGCAGGACCAUGCUUGCGUGAGGGAUGAGGCUGUGCACAGGGACACCAGGCCAGAGCUGCGGCCUACUUCUCACAAGAGCCGGUCUCCCGACUGCAAGAUCUGUGAACACAUUGCCACCAUCAAAUCAGCAUCUUUGGUCAUCAGGUAGAUCCAGGAGCAUGAGCAGGACUUUGAGCUGCGGGAGCAGAUGUCUGGGUAUAAGCGCAUGCGGCGGCAGCACCAGAAGCAGCUGAUCGCCCUGGAGAACAGGCUAAAGGCCGAGAUGGAUGAGCAUAGGCUCCGGCUGCAGAAGGAAUUAGAGACACAAGCGAACAACACUUACAUUGAGCUGGAAAGACUGGCCAAACGCCACGCUGCUCAAACAGACAAAGAGAUGAAGUCAGUUGCAGCUGAAGAGAGGAGGAUCCAGCAACAGAUUGUUGCUCAGCAAAAGAAAGAGCUGACUUCUUUCUUAGAGAACCAGAAAAAGGAAUACAGGAUUUGCAAAGACAAGAUCAAAGAAGAGAUGAGCGAAGAUCCUUGUACACCCAAGGAGGAGAAGCAGGAGCGUCUGUCCAGGCACAAAGAAACAAUGCAGCGCUCUCAGGCUGAGGAGGAAGCUCAUCUGCUGGCCCAGCAGAGGCUGGUCUACGACCGGAGCUGCAGGGCCCUCAAACGCCGGAGUCUGGUUAGGAGGCACGAGUUUGAACAGGAGCAACUGAGAGAGGAGCUGAACAAGAAGAGGACCCAGAAGGAGAUGGAGCAUGCCCUGAUGAUCCGACAGGACGAGUCCACCCAGGACAUGGAGCGCAGGCAGCUGCAGAUGUUGCAGAAGCUUCGUAUUGAACUCAUGCGGCUGCAACACCAGACGGAGCUCGAAAACCAGGAGGAGUACAACGGCCGACGGCAGAGGGAACUACACAGGAAACACACUCUGGAGCAGCGGCAGCAGCCCAGAAACCUCAAGACGCUGGAGAUGCAGAUCAAGAAACAGUUCCAGGAUACUUGCAAGGUGCAGAACAAACAGUACAAAGCUCUUAGGAACCAUCAGCUGGAGGUUUCUCCCAAAGGUGACCAUAAGACCAUCCUGAAGAGCCUAAAAGAGGAGCAGACACGCAAGCUGGCCAUACUGGCGGAGCAGUAUGAGCAGAGCAUCAACGAGAUGAUGGCUUCACAAGCGAUGCGCUUAGACGCAGAGCAGGAAACAGAGUGCCAAGCACUGAAGCAGCAGCUGAAGCAAGAGAUGGAGCUCCUGGACGCCUACCAGAGAAAAACCAAGUCACAGAUGGAGACCCAACACGAGCGAGAGCAGCAGAAACUUGAGCAGAAGGUCUCCAUACGCAGAGCGCACCUUGAACAGAAGAUUGAAGAGGAACUGGCUGCACUUCAGAAGGAGCGUACCGAAAAGAUCAAGCACUUGUUGGAACGUCAAGACAGAGAAAUUAACGCUUUUGACACAGAAAGUAGAAGCCUCGGCUUUGGAAGCCUGGGAUCUCUGGACUUCCCCAAAGAAGACAACAGAUGAAAGUGGAUUUAUCUUUAGAGGACAACUUAUCCGUGCCCUUUUCAUGUCCACUUGACCGUUUGUCACAUCCACGGUGGCAAAGCUGGAUAACUUUCUCUAUUGCUUUUUCUUCUCUCUUAGAUAUUGCAUCUUUGAAUCGAGGUGUUAAACGUGCAAUGAGAACUUCUUUUGUGAAACUUGAAGGGGGAAAGUAAAACAAAAGAAUCUACAACAACAUGUCAAUAAAAAUCAAAACCUAGUCAGUGUAACUCAAAACGUAUGUGUUUAAAAAUAACAGACUCUUUCCUCCAUGCCAUUUCCUCCUUUUUGGUAUGAAUUGAAUAAAUCAGGAAAUUUUAGUAAAAUUGGCACUUUGAUAUGUUUAAGUAGAAACCCAUCAUGUUCGUAUGACGCUUAAUGUGUGUGUUACAUGAAGGGACAUUGUGGAAUGUGAGCUGCGGACUCCCCCGUGGUGUUAAGCUGCUUUGUCUUUUUUAUUUAUUUGAUUUAGUUUUAUUUAUUUUAUGCUCUGAAUGUUAAUAUUACUGUAUGGGGUCACUGGAUAAAGUCAGAGUUUAUUCAUUUGAUUUCUUUUAUUUUCUUUGGUCAUACUUCCAUAUUGUGCUUAUGCAUACAGUAUACUGUGGUCCCUCACUUUUCUAGGCGACAGUUCUUACCUUUUCUUUUAUUUGAUAUGUAGGAUCAAUUGGCAUUAGCUUGAUCAACCCGUUUAUCUUCUCACAAUUCAAGAUCCCACUUGGUAAAACUGCUUAUUAUUGCAUGCACUUUAAGGACAAAUUCAGGUUGUGAAGUGAAGCAUGAAUCUGUCAGAGAUUUUAGCUGUUUGUAAAUAAAA